CGCUGUCCCCGGCAGGAAAGCAACUCCUUUCCCCUUCCCACUCUCUUUUUUUAUUUUUGGCAACUCCCUUCCCACUUUCUUUAUAAAAGAGCUGUAGAAGCAGUAUACCAGAUUCCUCUCGCCCUCCACAAACUCCCAUUUUGUUCUCCUUCCGCUCUCUCUCUCUUUAUCUGAGUCCCAAAUUCACGCGCUUCUCUCCAAAAACCCCUCUUUUGGCGUGUUUUCGCUUCUUUUUGUCCCUCUUAAUCUUGUUGUUGUGGGAUUUUGUGGAGUAUAAUGGCCACUUUGGAGGAUUUGGGGGUGUCGGCGUUCAUCAACAUAGUAAGCGCCAUCGCCUUCCUGUUGCUCUUCGCAGUGAUGAGGAUUCAGCCCAUAAACGACCGCGUCUACUUCCCCAAGUGGUACACAAGCGGCGGGAGGACGAGCCCGCGGCGGGGGAGUGGCGGCCGCGGGGUGGGGAGGUUCGUCAACCUGAACCUCUGGACCUACCUAACUUUCCUCAACUGGAUGCCCGGGGCGCUGAGAAUGAGCCAGGCCGAGAUCAUCCAGCACGCCGGUCUGGACUCCGCCGUCUACCUCCGGAUCUACAUUCUUGGCUUAAAGAUUUUUGUGCCGAUGACAAUCCUUGCAUUAGCAUUUCUUAUUCCAGUCAAUGUUUCUGGUGGAACAUUAUUCAACCUCAGGAAAGAAAUAGUUUCCAGUGAUAUUGAUAAACUUUCUAUUUCAAAUGUCAGUCCUGGAUCGCAGAGGUUCUGGGUUCACCUUCUAAUGGAAUAUUUGUUUACAGCAUGGACUUGUUACGUCCUCUACAAGGAAUAUGAUAAUGUGGCAUUUAUGAGAUUACAUUUCCUGGCCUCACAACAUCGUCGUGUUGAUCAGUUCACCGUGGUGGUCAGAAAUGUACCACAUGUUUCCGGGCACUCAAUAUCAGAAAGUGUGGAACAAUUCUUUCAAAGAAACCAUCCUGACCACUAUCUGGGUCACCAGGCUGUCUACAAUGCAAACAAAUUUGCUAAACUUGUGAGACAGAAGGAAAGGCUUCAAAACUGGUUGGACUACAACAUGCUCAAAUUUGAAAGGCAUCCUGGCAAAAGGCCAACUAGGAAGAAAGGGUUUCUUGGCCUUUGUGGUGAAAGGGUGGAUUCAAUUGACUAUUACAGAGAAAAGAUCAGUGAGCUUGACAAAAAGAUAGCAUCUGAGCGUCAGAGAGUUCUUAAAGAUCCAAAGGCUAUCAUGCCAGUAGCUUUUGUUACAUUUGAUUCGAGAUGGGGUGCUGCUGUGUGCGCACAAACACAACAAAGCAGGAAUCCCACACGGUGGUUAACUGACUGGGCACCUGAACCACGUGAUGUAUAUUGGCGGAAUCUGGCUAUACCAUUUGUUUCUCUCAGCAUCAGAAGGCUUAUAAUAUCAAUAUUAGUGUUUGCACUGGUGUUCUUUUACAUGAUACCCAUUGCAUUUGUGCAAUCACUUGCAAAUCUUGAGGGCCUUGAAAAAGUUGCUCCGUUUCUCAGGCGGGUGAUAGAAAUAAAGGUGAUAAAGUCCUUCUUACAAGGAUUUCUUCCUGGGUUAGCUUUAAAGAUCUUCUUAUAUAUUCUUCCAACAGUUCUGAUGAUUAUGUCAAAAGUGGAAGGCUACUUGUCAAUAUCAUCACUUGAAAGAAGGGCAGCAGCUAAAUAUUAUUACUUUAUGCUGGUGAACGUAUUCUUGGGGAGCAUAGUGACUGGAACAGCAUUUGAACAACUCUAUUCUUUUCUUCAUCAAUCACCUACCCAGAUCCCAAGAACCAUUGGAGUAUCUAUACCAAUGAAAGCUACAUUCUUUAUGACAUACAUAAUGGUUGAUGGGUGGGCUGGCAUUGCCAGCGAGAUACUUCGACUGAAGCCAUUGGUCAUAUAUCAUCUGAAAAACAUGUUUUUAGUGAAAACAGAGAGGGACAGAGAGAAGGCAAUGGACCCUGGAAGCAUUGGCUCUGAGACCCUUCCAACACUCCAAUUAUAUUUUCUCCUUGGGCUUGUCUAUGCUGUAGUCACUCCACUGCUUCUUCCCUUUAUACUAGUAUUCUUUGCCUUUGCAUUCCUUGUUUAUCGACACCAGAUAACUAAUGUUUACAAUCAAGAAUAUGAAAGUGCCGGUGCAUUUUGGCCACAUGUUCAUGGCCGCAUAAUAGCUAGUUUGUUGAUAUCCCAAUUGCUUCUGCUCGGUUUACUCAGCACAAAGAAAGCUGCUAACUCCACUCCUUUACUUAUUAUUCUGCCUGUACUGACAAUAUGGUUUCACAAGUACUGCAAAAGCCGAUUUGAACCUGCUUUUAGAAAAUAUCCGCUAGAGGAAGCGAUGGAGAAGGAUAUGAUGGAGCGAGCUUCUGAACCUAACCUUAACCUUAAGGCUUACUUAGCUGAUGCGUACUUGCACCCGAUCUUCCGUUCAAUUGAGGAUGUGGAAACGGGGGAGGUCAGAGUUGACAAAGGCCAAUCUUAUAUGUCCUCACCCACAAGGAGUGAAUUUGGUUCUUCUUCACCCCAGUAUGUAUACCAUUAUGAAAUUGAACCUUAACACAUUUGUCGUCUGACCUGCAACUCUUUCUUGUAUGAAUCCUCUGAUUUAAGUUUGCUAUUUUAGUUAACGUUAGUUCAUUAUUUUUGUCUCCUUUUAUCUUUCAUGCGAAAACGUAUGCAUGCAGACUGAUUU